UUUGAGGCAAUUGCUGUUUUCACAACGAACACAGAGGUCAAUGGAAUAUACUUUGCCUCCUCAGUAUUUAGCAAAGGAUAAACAUUUUGACUACAGGAAGGCAAUGGAAAGUCUCAAUGAUGCUAAAGUACAAGACGAUGAUUUGAAACUAAUUGCAUUGAUAAGGAAUUAUUAUAUUGAAAAUCCUUCAACUCGACCGUACAAUUUUGAUGAACCAGAUAAAAUGGAUCAGUCAAAAGGCCAAACGGCAGUUAUUGAUAAAUUGCUGAAUCAAAAGGAAGACGGAUUUUUUGUCGAAUGUGGAGCUAACUCAGGGGAAAAGCUAUCGAAUUCGUUAUUUCUAGAACGUUAUCGUAAUUGGGAUGGUAUUCUGAUUGAAGCAAACCCAAUCGUCUACAAGAUGCUGAAGAAAAAGAACAGAAAAUCGUAUACACUGAAUGCUUGUCUGAACAUAAAACCAUAUCCAGCUAUGGUGGCGUUUUUAGAAGACUCUUGGUGGAGUAAAAUGUUGGAUGGAAAUUACUCGAAAUCUUACAAAGAAAAAGGGGACGCAGGUCGUUUCAUCCAAGUUCAGUGUUUUCCUUUAUAUUCAAUUCUUUUGGCUCUAAAUCAGACAAGAGUAGAUUACUUUAGCCUAGAUGUUGAAGGGACAGAGAAAGGUGUUCUUGAUAGUAUACCGUGGGACAAAGUGGACAUUAGGACGAUGUCAAUUGAAUUCAAUAAAUGGUCAGGUGGAAAGUCUUCAUUGAUUGCAUACAUGGCAAGGCAGGGAUAUAAAGCUGUUAGUGAAAUAGAUACCGAUAAGGCGCACGAUAUAAUUUUCCUCAGACUGUAAGUCGUAUUUAUGGCAAUUAAUGACAAUAUAUGGAAAUGAUAACAAUAUAUCACAAUAAAUGACAUCAUAUAAUAAUGAAUGAAGUAUAUGGCAAAAUUACAUUAUAUGACGAUAAAUUACAUUUAUUUUUAUAUGAAAUAAAUGGCAUUGUAUGGCAAUA